GUGGCAAACAAAAAUCAAUUGUUGAUUCAGUUAAUUGCUUCAAAUAAAAUUAGUGCAUCCAGAAAAAUAGUAAGAAUUGUUUCCAAUUUUUCCAUUCGACCUGCACGAAACGCGACAAAAAAUGGACGAAUCAGGCUCCGAAGAUGGCAAUGAAAUAAUGAAUACUGUAAAAGCAAAGCUCGCUGAAUUGGGACCAGAACCAUCUGAAGGGGCGACAAUAUCUGUUCCAGUUGCUGGCAUUGAUUUCGGCGCUGCAUCCACAAGAAUGGCUGUAUUUGAAGGACGAACUCCUGCCUCAUGCUUUGAUUAUCCAUCCUACGUUGCCUUCACCGAAACCGAACGUCUUAUUGGUAUUCAUGCCAAGAAGCAAGCCGGUAUGAACCAAACCAAUACAGUUUUUGGGGUCAAACGUUUGAUCGGUUGUGAAUUCGACGAUGAGGCCGUUCAACCCAAAAACUGGCCAUUCUGUGUUAAGAAUGUUGACAACAAACCAAAAAUUGAAGUUCAAUACGAGGGUCACACCAAGCAAUUUAGCCCAGAAGAUAUCUCAUUCAUAGUUUUGGCCGAUUUAAAGGAAUACGCCGAAACUUGCUUGAAAAAAACUGUCAAUGAUGCCAUUGUCACAGUACCAUCUUACUUCAACGAUUCGCAACGUCAAGCGACCAAAGAUGUUGUUACCGAAUGUGGUUUUGUUGUGCAUCGUAUCAUCGACGAGCCAACUGCCCUCGUCUGUUGCUAUGGAGCGAACAAAAAGUUUUUCCGAAGAAAAUCGAAUAUUUUCGUCUGUGAUUGGGGUGCCAGUCUUGAUAUAACUAUUUUUUCGAUCGAUAUAGAUGGUAAACUUGAGCAGAAAUCAACUGUUCAUGAAACUCACUUGGGAAGCGAAGAAUUCGAUAAAAAUGUAGCCGACCACAUCUUGAAUGAAUUCGAAAAAGAAAUGGGUAGCCAGUGGAUUGCCGAAAAAAAAACAGACAAAAAUGCGAUGCGUAAAUUGUAUGACGACUGCGAACGUGUGAAGAUAGAGCUAUCAACAGAUAACAUUUCGAAUAUGUCAUUUUUUACUAUCACUCGAGAAGUAUUCGAAAAUUUAAACGCCAAAUUGUUCGAAGGGUUAAAGAAGGCAAUCAAAAAGGCUCUUCACAACGCCCAAUUGAAAAAGGAUGAUAUUACCGACAUCGUCUUGGCCGGUGGAUUAUCGAAUAUCCCAAAGGUUAAAAAUCUGUUGAGAGAUGAAUUCCAAUUAUCGCCAGUUCCACAUUGUGAUAACGCCGUGGGUGCUGCUUAUUUUUGUUCGAUGGUGUUGAGCAAUGCUGCUAUUGAUGAAAGCGACAUUUUGAAUUCUUCCAAUUUAUCCACAAUAUCAUAUGAUGGUUGGGAUUCUGGUGCCUCUGAUAAAUUAGCAGAUGAUCUCUCCGAUGGUUUACCAGAUCGUUCAAGGUAUUUAUAUUCAAGUAAAAAGAAAAAAAAUCAGAAAAAUAAAUCUUUGUUGAUAAAUUGUUUAACUAGAAAUUAUUUAAAAUCAAUAAGUACAAAUUAUUAUUUGAAUAUAAUAACUGAUCAAGUAUAAUUAGUUAUAAAAACGUCAAAAAAUAUCAAUCAGAAUAUUUCCUUUUUGUGCUGAAAAGGAUUAAAAAAUUGGUACGAUCGAUUUCUUCUUCGGGAAAUUAAAUUCAAGUUCAUUCUCAAGGCCAAAACAAUACAGACAGAUUACAAUUUGUUUUGGCAAGCAGUUUGUACGAAUUUUCUUACAAAUCAAUUGGUCGAGUUCGGAAUAAAAUGCAAUCGAUGAACUUAAAUUCAUCCAUUCUAUGCAUUCUUGCAGUUCGAUUAUAUUUAUGUUUAGAAAUGCAACUUUGUUUAAUUUCAUACGUGAUAUUUUAAGAAUUUUGUUAAGUUAAGAUAGGUGUCAUUUAUUUAUCGAGAAAUGCAAGAUAAAUUCGUUGUUGAUAUUUUUUGACGGUCACACAUUUUUUUGUGGCGUUUUUGCGAUUACAACAAUAUCAUACAAAAAUCUGUCUUCAUAUGACAAAUCGUUUUAUCGUCUUUUUUCAUUUCAUCUCUUCACAGUUCCGAAGAAAAUUAAUCAUUGUUGUAAUCAAAAAGGCCGAAUAGAUAAAUCAAUUUGAAAAAAAUCAAUUCGGAGCGAUUUCAAUUUGCCCCAUUUGAGGCUGUUUUUUUUUUCAAUUCGAUAUCAGCUGUUUUGUAAUAGAAUUUUUCAAUAAAAUUAACAGCCAAACUGUGUUCUUUCACAUAUUUGAUAAUGAAUGCAAUAAAUUCGAAAUCUUAACAAACAGUUCAUUUUUCCGCAAUUUAAUUGGUUUUAUGUUAUGAAAUGACUUGAUGAAAAGUUAAAAUCUUACAAAAUGUUAUUGAUAUCAACGCGCAAUUGAUGUUUAGAGAGCAACAAUAGCAACAACCAAAAAAAAGAUCAAGCAUAACAUCAACGUAUGUGUGCCAAUGCUAUAUUGUACGCUAGCUUUAUUAGCAUUGUUUCGACAUGUUCAAAGCCAUACACACAAAUUAUACAGUUUAUCUCUAUUUACAAUUUAUGCAACCAAUAUUUAUUUUAGAAUGGUAAAAACAAAAAUAAAAUUAUCGAAUUUAUUUAAUUCAGUAGUAUUUAGUUUUUAGUGAAAAAAAUGUAAGAAUAAUCAUUGUAUGCAAUUUAAGUAAUUAAAUCAAAAGGAAGUUGCGAGCGCCUCGAAUUAAAUUAGCGCAAUGAAGCUGUAGAACAACUACACAACAAAUUCACCGAGUUUAUUAUACUUACGCCAUUUGUAUGGUCGAUCCACCAAACAAGGAGUAAAACAUUCGAUCUCUGUUCAUCUUUUGUUCCUAUUUAAACUUAAAUUUAAGAGAAUGAUAAAUAAAAACGAAUACAAAUUCUCUAAAUUUUAUACACUUCGAAGUCUAUGUUUACUUGUACAUUUAUU